AUGGAGCACAAUCAGGUGUCCUCGCCGCCGCCACGCCCGCGAGCCUUCCCGCUGUUGGGAUCCAAGCCGGGGCCGCGCUGCGGCCACACGCUGACGACGAUCUACCCAUUCGAUGGCGACCCAUCCACGGCCAAGCUAGUCAUGUUCGGCGGGGCCACCGCGUUGGAGGGCACCAGCAGGGCGGACGGCGGAUCCAGCCCGGGCACGCCGGCGGGGCAGGCGUCAGCGGGCCAGACAGGGAUCCGGCUGGCGGGCGCGACCAACGAGGUGCACGUGUUCGACGUGCGAUCGGGCACGUGGGAGAAGGUCCACCCGCAGGGCGAGCCGCCGUCUCCCAGGGCGGCGCAUGCCGGCGCGGCGGUGGGCAGCAUGGUCGUCAUACAGGGAGGGAUCGGCCCUGCUGGCCUGGCGUCAGAGGACCUCCAUGUUAUUGACUUCACUGACUUCAACAGGCCCAAAUGGCACAGGGUGAUGGUACAGGGUGCCGGCCCAGGGGCCAGGUAUGCUCAUGUGCUCGCCCUGGUUGCGAAUCGCUUCUUGGUGGUGAUGGGAGGGAACGAUGGGAAGUCCACGCUGGGGGACGCAUGGGCACUGGAUACUUCCGAGAAGCCGUACAAAUGGCGGAAAAUCAGUGACUCAGGGGACAUGCCCUCUGCAAGGAUGUACGCUUCUUCAGCGGCACGCCAGGAUGGGCUGCUGCUGCUGUGUGGCGGCCGCGAUGUCUCUGGAACGCCCUUGGGCGAUGCAUAUGGCUUUGCAAGGCAUAGAGACGGGCGCUGGGAGUGGGCUGCAGCUCCGGGCCUGAUGCCCAUCGCAAGAUACCAGCAUGCAGCUGUUUUUGUUGGUGCUCGCCUUCAUAUAACUGGUGGCGCUGUUGGUGGAGGGCGAAUGGUGGAGGAGUCAUCAACAGUUGUGAGCUUGGACACAUCUGCAGGUGUCUGGUGCAGACAGCCAACUGCUGCCAGACCGGGUGAUGACAGCAUGCGGCGCUGCCGGCAUUCUAUGGCAGCUGUCGGCAACUAUAUCUUCAUCUAUGGUGGCCUGCGUGGCAGCCAGCUGCUGGAAGAUCUGCUUGUGGCGUCUGAUGGCAUCCCGCCCGGGGAGCUGAGCAUCGGUGACCCAAACUCUCCUGGGUGGCACGAUUGGCUCAGUGUGGGGACCAGCACUGGCCCACAGAGCCUGGCUGCCGCAGCCGCUGAAGAGGCUGCUGCCGUACAGGCGAUCGGCGUGCCCACGUCACCGACUGCGACAGUAACACCAGAUGCCUCCUCAGACACUGACCUGCACUGCCCGGAGGAGGUGGGCAGCAUUGUUGGUGACUCGACUUUGCCACGGAGUCCCUCAGGAUCCAUGCCCUCACCUAUCAGCACGGCCUCCAGCCCUAUCAGCCUCAAGGCCCCCGGUGCUGACAAGCAGCCUCCCACCCCAGAGGCUGUGAGGCUCUGGCACAGAGCUGUGGUUGUGCACCAGGACCAUCCCCCAGGAUCGUUGCGGGGUCUUGUCCGACAACUCUCUCUGGAUCAGUUCGAGAAUGAGGGCAGGCGAGUGAGCAUGGGCAUCCAUACAGAGCACGGCCCACCCAGUGGGGGGCUGGUGAAGACGAGCUUGUCACCAUUGCAGCAACACGUCCACAAGAGGGUAGUAGACAUGCUGCUGAAACCUCGGCAGUGGUCACCUCCAAUGGACCGCCGCUUCUUCCUUUCUGCUGAGGAGAUCAGUGAGCUGUGUGAAGAGGCAGAAAACAUAUUCAAAAAAGAGCCAACUGUACUCAGCUUGCAAGCCCCAAUAAAGCUCUUUGGUGACCUCCAUGGCCAAUUUGGUGACCUCAUGAGGCUCUUUGAAGAGUAUGGAAUGCCGUCUGUGGGCGGGGACAUCACCUACAUCGACUACCUCUUCCUUGGAGAUUAUGUCGAUCGCGGAGCUCACAGCCUGGAGACAAUCUGCUUGCUGCUUGCCCUCAAGAUACAGUUCCCUGAGAGCGUGCAUCUAAUUCGGGGCAAUCAUGAGGCUGCAGACAUCAACGCCUUGUUCGGCUUCCGCCUAGAGUGCCUUGAGAGGUUGGGGGACCCUGACGGCAUAUGGGCUUGGCAGAGGAUUAAUGCCGUCUUCAACUGGCUGCCCCUUGCUGCCCUCAUUCAAGACAAAGUGCUGUGCAUGCAUGGGGGCAUAGGGAGGUCCAUAGAGCGCACAGAGCAGAUAGCUGGCCUCCAGCGGCCGCUCACGAUGGAGGAGGGUGGGGUGGUGCUGAUGGAUCUGCUGUGGUCUGACCCAACCAUGAAUGAUGCUGUUGAGGGGGUGCAGCCCAGUCCAAGGGGUCCUGGACUGGUCACAUUCGGUCCAGAUAGAGUGAAGGAAUUUUGCAAGACCAACAAUUUGCAGAUGAUCGUCAGGGCGCAUGAGUGCGUCAUGGAUGGCUUUGAGCGCUUCGCUCAGGGACAUUUGAUCACCCUCUUUUCAGCAACGAACUACUGCGGGACAGCCAACAAUGCAGGCGCGAUUUUGGUGCUGGGACGCAAUCUGGUGCUUGUCCCCAAGCUAAUUCACCCACUGCCCCCGACCACACCAAGGUCAUCGGAUAGUGCCGGAGUGGAUGAUGGGGUUCAACAACCGACGGACACAUGGAUGCAGGUCAUCAACGAGGAGCGGCCGCCCACUCCGCCCCGCGGGCGCCCCAAUGCCAAUCCCAACUUGGAGUACAUCUGA